AUGCCCCCAGCUAAUCUUGCUAUUCCAAGAGUUGAUGGCGUAGCAAAGACUGAUACGCAGGAAGAAUUACUGCACACGCCAGUAAUGCCAGUGACAGCAGAAUCACUUGCGUUGUUGCAUAAUCUAGUUAAAGAGGAUACUCUUGUUCUUAACAAGACAAGCAAGCAGCGUCUGCAGAGGCGUGUACAGAAACUCGCAAGUGCCGCCCAGAUAUCUUUUGCUGAGAGAGACCUUCUCCAGGACUACAAUCAGUUUCUUUUCAAAGUGAACAACGAAGCUAAAGUUCGUCGAUCAACUGGGUCGGUAGCUCUAGGGAAGGCAAAGGUGAUGAGUUAUAAGGACCUGAAGGAGACACGAGCGAAGCGUGCUGCAAAAGAGAAUGCUAAGUAG